CUGACAAGGGAUAACGAAAAACAAGAUUGUGUCGCUCAGUAGCAGAGCAGCGUGGCGAAUAGACUUGCUUUUAUGCAUUUACAAAAGUUUUAUUUUAUAAUUGUGCGGUGACAAAAAAUACAAAAUUUUCCCAAUAUGUUUGUUCAAUUGCGUUACGCCGUCUCAAGUUGCCGGUAUUUUUCUACAAGUCACCGCUAUGCAGCCAAAAGUGUUCCGAUACGACAAAUCAACAAACUGCUAAUCGCUAACCGCGGCGAGAUCGCAUGUCGCGUCAUGCGAACGGCCAACCGAUUGGGCAUCCAAACGGUAGCCGUGUUUUCCGAUGCUGACCAAGGUUCAUUGCAUGUCAACAUGGCCAACGAGGCUUUCAACAUUGGACCACCUGCCUCCCAGCAGUCCUACCUUCGAGGGGAUAAAAUUCUAGAGGUGGCAAAACGUUCUGGUUGCCAGGCAAUUCAUCCGGGCUAUGGGUUCCUGUCGGAGAACGUCGAAUUCGCCGAACUGUGUCAAAAGGAGGAUGUCAUCUUUAUCGGACCACCCGCCAGUGCCAUCCGUGAUAUGGGAAUCAAAAGCACCUCGAAGCACAUUAUGAGUGAAGCCGGAGUACCGAUCAUCAACGGAUACCAUGGAGAUGAUCAAUCGGAUCAACGGUUGAUACAGGAAGCAAAACAAAUUGGGUUUCCACUGAUGAUCAAGGCGGUUCGGGGUGGCGGAGGAAAGGGCAUGCGAAUUGCUGAAUCGGAAGCAGAUUUUCUGUCUGCUCUUCAAUCUGCCCGAACGGAGUCAGAGAAAGCUUUCGGGGACACCUCUAUGCUGUUAGAACGAUACGUCCGAUCACCGCGUCAUGUUGAGGUACAAGUCUUCGCAGAUCAUCACGGUAAUGCUGUGUAUCUAUACGAGCGUGAUUGUUCUGUUCAGCGGCGUCAUCAGAAGAUUAUCGAAGAGGCUCCUGCGCCAGGAUUGUCGGAGGAGCUGCGAGUUCAGUUGGGCGAAGCAGCCGUUCGUGCUGCGAAGGCGGUCAAUUAUGUCGGGGCUGGUACUGUCGAAUUUAUCCUGGACAAGGAAGAUUUGUCUUUCCAUUUUAUGGAGAUGAACACAAGACUACAGGUCGAACAUCCGAUAACCGAAAUGAUAACCGGGACAGAUUUGGUGGAGUGGCAAAUUAAAGUGGCUUCAGGAGAACCGUUACCGGCUCUGCAGGAUCAAAUUCGCAAGCAAGGACAUGCUUUUGAAGCACGAAUUUACGCCGAGGAUCCAGCUAGUGGUUUUCUACCAGGGGCUGGACCAUUGAAUUAUCUAUCGACGCCCAAACCCUCCAGUACAACUCGGGUGGAGACAGGUGUCAGGCAGGGUGAUGAAGUAUCCAUCCACUACGACCCUAUGAUUGCUAAACUUGUAGUUUGGGGUGGAAAUCGGCCAAGUGCGCUCCAGCUACUGAUAGAACAAUUGCGCAACUAUCAGAUUGCCGGUUUGCAAACCAACAUCAACUUUCUUAUUGACUUGGCUAGCCACAAACACUUCCAGGCAGCGGACGUUCACACUGGAUUUAUCGAACAGCAUAUGUCAACUUUGUUCCCGGUGAAACCCGUAUCCGAGGUGAAAAUAGCCCAGAUGGCCGUUGCCUUUGUUUUGAACGGGGAUGCCAGCGCCCGAAAGUCGUUGAAUCGUAUGAAUCCGUUUGAUUUGGAAUUAAACUUUCGGCCGAACUAUACUGCGACAAGAAGCUUCAAGUUGAAGGUCGACGGUAAAGAAUAUCAAGUUGACGUAAAAGUUAAGGGAAGUGAUUUCGGAGUCCGAGUUAAUGGCGCGAAUUGGUUACAAGUCAGCGCCACAAGAAAGCCGCACGAAAAUCGCUUCCUCUUGCAGACCAACGUCAACGGUCAAGUUUCCUGCUUUAAUGUCGUGAUUGAUAAUGAAUUGAUAAGUCUGUUCGAUGAGAGUGGUCUAACAUCAGCUGAAGUUGUCCAACCCAAGUUCCUUAAUGCGGACAGCGCUUUGGGCGGCGAAACCGCAUCCAGUGUCACUGCACCGAUGCCUGGGGUAGUGGAUAAGUUGCUUGUUAAAGCAGGAGACUCGGUAAAGGCAGGUACUCCCGUCGCGGUGCUGAUCGCAAUGAAAAUGGAGCACGUGCUUAAGGCCGCUAGGGAUGGGGUCGUGAAAGCGGUACUCAAUGCUGAAGGUGACAACGUACGAAAAGGAGCUGUCUUGAUUGCAUUCGAAUAGAAAGGCGGUCCCGCGUUAGCAGUUUGCCUUACUACUUGGUAACAUGGUUGCAUUUAAAAGGUGAAAGAUUGUGCAUUUAUUAGUGAUAAUUAUUUACAAAAAAAAAAUGAGAUGUAGACAAUGUUUGGACGCAAAGCGUUAUUUGAUAAUAAAUAUACUUGAUUUUCAAA